ACGAGAAUCUGCAGACGACCCUUGACAGUGGUGUGUGGCGCUGUCUAACGUCCGUUCUGUUUGGCGAAUGCGAAAACUCCGAUAUCUGCGAGUGUCAAAUAAGGUUCAAAACUGGCCUGUUAGUCUGCGAGUGUGUAUCGCUGGGAUUAGAUGCGGAACAACGGAGCGGUGUGGGACAAGAAAGAGCAACAGGGGAGACGACGGACGGGAUGACUUGACGGGACUUUGAGCGAGACCGAUGAAACGGGUGAGAUAGCACGCCAUGGUGACACGGAAGAAGACCGUCGUCUGCGGAGUGCUAGGCGCACUGUGCUUCUUCCUUACUAUGCAGCUCAUGUCCGAUAAUACUCACCAAAAGGAACCACCACCCGCGCCAUCUAAGCUUCAUCUGCCAGCGUCACCUUCUCCGCGCUUAGCUACUACUGCACAGCAGCAGAGACAGCCCGUUGCCACUUCCCUAAAGUCAGUUCAUCCACCCAAGAAAACAUUAGCACUACUUCACCCCAAGAACAUCGUCACCUCAAAGUCCAUAUCCGUUGAACGCCAUGUCCUCCCCAUCGUCACAUCCGCACCCAAACAACAUGUGCAACACGAAAUCCAACCGAUCGCCCGGAUCGUUUUGCAGAAAAGUCGACGCAUCGAGCUCAUCCGCGACCAGCUGCACAAGGAGAAGACCAGCCUCAAUUACCCCAAGAUGGUGCGGGUGUUUCAGAACGCCAUGAACCACUAUCCAGUCGUGCCAAAGGAGUCUGUCCAGCGAGUCAUCAUCGUCACCUACUUUCGAUCUGGAUCAACCUUCCUGGGCGACAUCCUCCAAACUCACCCUAGGAGUUUCUAUCACUUUGAACCUUUACACAUGUACAGCAACGACGCUAGGACCGACGGCCAAAAGGCGCGAGACGGCGUUGCGCUGAUCAAGCGCAUUCUGCAAUGUCAGUUCAGGCAGAGCAGCGCGUACAUGAACUGGGUGCAGAAAGAGAAGAACCAGUUCUUGUUCAGACGGAAUCGUUUCCUGUGGAGUCACUGUGGGAUAAGGUCUCCCUUAUGCUUCAAGACAGAAUACGUGACGCGGAUUUGUGAACGUGCACCGCUGCACGUGAUGAAGAUCACGAGGCUGUCCGUCGCACAAGUAAAGGACUUAGUGGAGGACAAGCAGUUUGGUUCAGCCAAGAUUGUUCAUCUGGUACGCGAUCCUAGAGGAAUCCUGGCGUCGAGAAAGCUUCUGGACUGGUGCAGGUCUUCAAACUGUUCGGACUACCGGCACCUCUGCGGUGAGAUGCGGUUGGACUUGGACGCCUUCGACGAACUCCAGCGGGCACACCCGUCGCAAGUAUUUCGCGUUCGCUACGAAGACGUUUCGCUGAAUCCCGAAAACUCAACUAGGUCUCUCUUUAAAGGUUUGGGACUUCCGUAUUCCGCGAAUGUGCUCAUGUUUCUCAAGACACACACUAGUGCCCAUAAGGUGGACAGUUUAAAUCCGUAUUCCACGAGACGCAACUCAUCAUCUGUGCCCUUUCAGUGGAUGAAAAAACUGGAUUUUGAGUACAUCCUGGAGGUGCAAAAGUCGUGUAAAGAUGUCCUUUUCAGGCUGGGUUACAAGGACAUUGAUAAUGCUGAACAGCUCGAUGGUCCUCUUCCUAUAGGCUCGAUGCCAGAGAGAACGCCCAGUGAAAUAUCUAAUCGUGUUCAUAGAGAAUUGGGGAGGUGACCCGAACUGUGGACUAUGGUUGAAGAAAUGAAAGUCAUGCAGCGGUCCUGCGUGACAGUGACCACAAGCACAAUGAGCGAGACUGUGAUAUCUCACUGUGUAGUUUCACUGUGUCAUAUAGAACUCAAGUGUUUCGCAAUGUUGAGACCCACUUCAGGAAAGACAAUCAAUUUGGUAACUGUUUAUAUGACAGGCUAUUUUAUGUGGUUGAGGAAGUGGCCAUUAAGGAGGACAACAUUCCCGUGUUGUGAAAGUUCUGUUUUUAGGCAUUUUAGGCACGUUUUAGACGUUUUCAAAUUCUGCUCGCGACGGAUGGUUCAGACAGAUGACAGCAAUAAAGUCACGCCUGUUG